UUGCUUGACUAUCUAUCCGACAUGGAUUGCAGAGUAUGGUAUGAUUCUCAAGGAAGUUCGAAGCGAUCAGACAUUCUUUUGUAAGUUCAGCCACGCCACUAGUUGCCAGUUCAUUUUCGUAUCCACGUUAACGCUAUUGGCAAUUUCUUUUGAUCGCUACCUUUACAUAUCAUCACCUCUCAGAUACCCAUUGAUCGUGACAUGGCGGAGAACUUACGGUAUUCUUUUUAGCAUUUGGAUAUGCGCUUCUCUUCUUCCUCCAAUACUAGCUGAAUACGAAAAACCGACCAAAGUACGGACCUUAUGUUCUGCCCCAAUUUCUCUUGCAUUCAUUGCAGCCAUGAUCUACGUCGUCAUACCCUUGAGUUUAAUCUUCUACUACAAUUACAAAAUUUUUCGACUGGCAAGAGGACACGUUCGCAGAAUGCACAAAGAUCGUGUCGCUUUUAAUCAUGUUAACCCAACGGCGUCGUCAUCAAGAGUAGCUUUAGAAAAUCGUUUCAGUUAUAAAAUAACGAGAGAGAUGAAGGCGAUCAAAACAUUUGCCAUCGUGGUUGGUGUAUUUUUACUUUGCCUCGUUCCUUUCAUGUCCGUCAUUUUGAUAGGUAGUCUGGUUUGUGACUGCGUCCCCGCGAUAGUCACCGUUUUGCUUGGCGAUCUCGCGGGAGCAAACUCUAUUAUGAAUCCAAUCAUUUACAGCAUGAGGCAAAAAGAAUACAAGAAUUGUUAUCACCAAAUUUUUUCUGCCAUUCGCAUUCGCCUGAUGUCGGUUUUUGUAGGAACUUGAUUAAAGCUUGCUAUUCAUGAAUUAAUUAGAAAACGUAUAUAUAGGGCGGAACUGAAUAUAUGAAAAUUAACCAACUAUC